AUGAUCAGCUCUGCCACUCUCAACACCAUCACCACCAUUAUUGUCAUAUUCAUCUUCAAGAUGACUUCUGUCAUAAUAACCACGAUUAUUCCCAUGACUCCCCAGACCAUUACCAUCAUGGAGUUCACCACGAUCACAGCCAUCACCCUACCCACAGCGCCACGACUAACAUCAUCCGGAGCUCAGCAGUCACUCACGUAA